AUGUCCAGUCAAGCUGGUUGGGACUCGGUCUCGGGCAUUGCGACCCUCUUGUUGAGUGGUAACCUGACUGCGAUCGCGAUCGCGAUAGUUGUCGCUUUUGGUGUUCCGAUUCUUCUUCAUUACUUCUUCUACCGCGCCGCAGCAUCGCCGCCGUCGAGUAACUUUCUCUUGCUGGGCCCCAGUGGUGCAGGCAAGACAGCGUUCACCACUUUGCUCGAAGCCAAGUCCUCUCUGGCUUCCAAGACCACCCACAACACCCACACGUCGCAGGUCUCGACCCUUAUCACGGUCACUCUACCCGCCAGCGUCCCAACGGCAUCCAACCGUUAUCGCUCCGUCAAUGACCCUUCAUUGAAAGAAGCCUCCCGCAACCCCAUCAAGUACCGUCUCCGCGACACCCCCGGCCAUGGCAAGCUCCGCGCCUCGCAAGGCAUCGCAGAGCUUCAAACAAUGGCCUCGUCAAACGACUCCAAGAACAAGCUCCGCGGCGUGAUCUUCAUGGUCGAUACCGCAGCUCUUGUGGACGAGGCAGUGCUCCGUGACACCGCGACCUAUCUCCACGACGUUCUCCUCAUCCUGCAAAAGCGAUCGCUGGGCAAGGGCCGCUCGUCAACGAAACGGGCGACGGAGAUUCCUGUCUUGAUCGCUGCGAAUAAGCAAGAUCUGUUCACGGCGCUGCCUCCAGGAUCGGUGCGGGAGAAGCUCGAGGCGGAAAUUGAUCGCGUGCGCAAGUCCAAGACGAAGGGCUUGAUGGAUGCUAGUAUGGAUACUGCAGACGUGGAUGUGGGAGAGGAUGAGGUUCUCGGGGACGACGACGGCCAGGGUGUGUUCAGCUUCAAGCUUAUGGAAGAUGUGGGUAUCAAGGUCGAUGUGACUGGGGGCGCGGUGAAGGGUGAGUCUCAAGAAGAGGUGGGAUCUGGUGUGCGCCGAUGGGAGGAGUGGGUUGGCAUGUGUUUGUAA